CCCGCCGCCACGCCCGCCGCAGGCCGAGGGCCAGUCACCCGCGGGCCUCCGCUCCGCAGCUCAUUGGCGCCCCGCCCCUGCUCCGCCGCGGGACGAGUAACGGUUACGAAGCACUUUCUCGGCCGCGAUUUCUGCUUAGUCAUUGUCUUCCAGGAAACAACUGCUCAGUUAAGAGUCAACUCUCCUGCGGCGGCUGCAGUAGCCCGAGCCGCAGCCACCAGCGCCUCCCUCCCGGGCUGCCGCCCCGCCGCCGUCCGGCCUCCAUCGGGCCUGAGCGCAGGCCGGGCUGCAGGCGCGCGGAGUCGGCAGCCUCGCGCUAGCCUCUCGGCUUCUUUCGGGCCUCCGGCACCGCGUCCUGUAGGCCGGCCGCCUUCUCGCCGGCCCGCGGCCUCGUCUCCGCUUGGCCCCCUCGGGCUGCCGCUGCAAUGGGCACCAACAGCCGCGCAGCCAGGGCGCUCCUGGAGCGGGCCCGCACCCUGCACCUGCAGACCGGGAACCUCCUGAACUGGGGCCGCCUGCGGAAGAAGUGCCCGUCCACGCACAGCGAGGAGCUUCGAGACUGUAUCCAAAAGACCUUGAAUGAGUGGAGUUCCCAAAUCAGCCCAGAGUUGGUCAGGGAGUUUCCAGAUGUCUUGGAAUGCACUGUCUCUCAUGCAGUAGAAAAGAUAAAUCCUGAUGAAAGAGAAGAAAUGAAAGUUUCUGCAAAACUGUUCAUUGUAGGAUCAAACUCUUCAUCAUCAACAAGAAAUGCUGUUGACAUGGCCUGCUCAGUCCUGGGAGUUGCACAGCUGGACUCUGUGAUCAUUGCUUCACCUCCUAUUGAAGAUGGAGUUAAUCUUUCCUUGGAGCAUUUACAGCCUUACUGGGAAGAGUUAGAAAACCUGGUUCAGAGCAAAAAGAUUGUUGCUAUAGGUACCUCUGAUUUGGACAAAACACAGUUGGAGCAGCUCUACCAGUGGGCACAGGUAAAACCAAAUAGUAACCAAGUUAAUCUUGCCUCCUGCUGUGUGAUGCCACCUGAUUUGACUGCAUUUGCUAAACAGUUUGACAUUCAGCUACUGACUCAUAAUGAUCCAAAAGAACUGCUUUCCGAAGCAAGUUUUCAAGAAGCUCUUCAGGAAAGCAUCCCCGACAUUCAAGCACAUGAGUGGGUGCCUCUGUGGCUACUGCGAUACUCAGUCAUCGUGAAAAGUAGAGGAAUUAUCAAAUCAAAAGGCUACAUUUUACAAGCUAAAAGAAGGGGUUCUUAACUAUGACUUAGGAUCAUAACCGACUGGCCUGUAUUGUCCUUGAAUAUAAGAUAAAAUUGAGAUAUGUAAAAACCUAGUUCCUGACCAUAAAUGGCAUCAUUAAAGCAGAUACAGAUAUUCCUUUUUUUUGAGGCAGAUACUCUGUAGUUAUAUUUGACAGUAUGUUGUCUGCCAAGUUUUGAAUACUUCUCUUGCCUCCAUAUCAGUCCACUCACAUGAACCACUGUAUUGUUUUCAUUAAACUAUUGUUUUCUAAUUGAAAUUGUCUAUAAGAAAAUACUUACAAUAUAUUUUCCUUUAUUUUUAUGACUAAUAGAAAUCAAGGAAAUUUGUUGUUAGAUAUAUUUUGGCCUAGUUACCAGAGUAAUGUAUAUACAUAUUUUUUAUUUCCCAGAAGAUUUCAUUAAUUGCUUCUUACUCUAUAGUAUUACUAAGCAAUUUAAUUACAAUUUGUUAAAACCGAAAUGCAAUACUGGAAGAUACUUUUCCUGUCAUUGAUAAGAUUGUAUCUAAGAGUAACUGGAGUAGCUAGGAUUUAUUCAUAGUGUAAAUAAAAUUCAUUCUUCAAUACAUGAAUGGAAA